CACGAGAGCUCUCAAGCGCGGCAUUUUGGAGGCACGCAUGUGUUUUUCCUCCUCCACAAGUCCAUAUUGCGCUUACUACGGGACUGCUGUGCAACUGUGGAGCUUGAAAACGUGGACGCCAGCGUUUGCCUGUCCAGCUCCGUUCCGGACGCGUAGAGCGGUCUUUGAAGUUCUCGCUUUCUUUUUUCCCAUAUAUUUGCUUUCCUCAGAUUUUCGCAUUCAAAUUGCCGGAAAAUCCAGCGUGCUACUGCUGGAUCGUGGCAUGAGCGCUGGCCAUCGGCCAAGAAACGGAGGAGUUGUUUAGGCAACGACCGGACCCUCCUUACAGUGUGUCCCGACUGUUGACACCCUUCACUCUCAGCGGAGACUGCCCGUUCAUUUUCUCCGCGAAACUGUUUUUGCUUUAGCGCACGUCGUUGCUUGAACAGCCUUUUUUCCGUGUGGCUUGCCCAUGCCCCCUGUACACGCAGAGCGUCUCUGCGGUAACCUAAGCGUCGCGGUGCACCCUCUGCACAUCUCUAUUCACAGCGAUUCUGGACUAUGGAAGAGAGCGACUCUUCUGGCCGGCGUUCGACCAUGCAGGCACGCGGGCAUCACUGCGUCUCGUAUAGACUCACACUUCGUUUCUGCUCCCUUCUGUUUGCCUCGUGUCUUGCAACCGCAGCCACGGCUGAGGCACCGCCGACAGUCAGCGGGCAAGUUGGAAGGGUCGCCGAAAGUUCCGAAGGAUGCGCAUGCGCUUCUGCACCGAGCUCGGAGCCGGCGACUACGCCUUCGACUGAACACUCUCCCGUACCCCAGAUCAACUCACCAGACGCUGCUCUUGCGCGCGAGCUGUCCGGUGACGCAAACCAGUCAGGGGAGAUCCCGUUGGUCGUCCCGACAGACAGUCAGGCCUUAGCUGAAGCGGCGGCGGCGCGGAGACACACUGAAGGAUGCAGCGAGACAGAAGAGAGAACCGGGGAAAGCAACGUGGGUCCAGAAAAAUACGGCGGCACAGGCCUCCAAGCCACUCAGACACAACCCGUGGACUCGUCUUCCCCCUCUCAGUGCACUCGGAGAGCUUCUGGCACAGCUGGCCGCGAAGCGUCUUCAGAUCGCUACUCGACAGCUUAUGCGGCGACGCAGCUGUUCGCUUCGUCUGAGGCAAGUCACGCCGAAGGAGACCCGCUCGCAGAGGCUUCCACGCGGGAAAGGGCCGCCGGGAUGGCUGCAGCUGCAGAGGCGCAAAAACACCGACCCUCGUGUCCUCUCUGGGGCGAGAGCUACGAUGAGCGACGCUCGCGGUUUCUGCAGCGCUACGGCGACGCCUACAACCUCGAAAUCGAGGCAAUCAAGGAGAGAGAACUCGAGAGAUUCAGCGGCCAGGUGUACAUGGACUACGCCGGCAGUGGCGUCUACCAACGACAGCAGCUGCGUGCGGUCUUUGAUGAUUUCACCCACAAUGCCUACGGCAACACUCACUCUCGAAAUCCUUCUGCCAAACAGACAGAUGACAAACUGAAGGAGGCCCGACAGGUGAUAUCCCGUUUUUUCGACGCUCCCGAGAAGGAAUACGCAGUGAUUUUCACCAGUGGGGCGACGGCCGCUCUGAAACUGGUCGGCGAGUCUUUCCCCUUCACAGCAGGAUUCUCCUCGUUUUACUACCUGCGAAUUAACCACAAUUCCGUUCUAGGAAUCAGAGAGUUUGCGUACGCAAAGAACGCGAAGAGCGUGCGAGCACUGUCUCCCCGGGAGGUGGAACAGAUUCUGACGGAACGAGAACAGAGUACAGAACACACCUACGACGAGAAAGACGAGAGCCGCCCAAGUUGUCUCUUUGCCUUUCCGGCGAAAGACAACUGGAACGGCCGCUUUUUCCCGCAGGAGUGGAUCGCGCGCGUGAAGAAAGUAGGCCUGAGCAACGACAACUGUCGCUGGUUUGUCCUGUUGGACGCCGCGGCGUACGCCCCGACUUCUCCGCUGUCUCUGUCCCGGCACCCCGCCGACUUUGUCGCCUUCUCGUUUUACAAGAUUUUCGGCUACCCUACCGGCUUGGGUGCCCUGCUGGUUCGAUCCGAGGAUGCCAGCAAGCUGCAGCGCCUCUACUGGGGUGGCGGGAGCGUGGCAGCAAGUGUCUGCGACAGUCGGUGGUGCGCGAGAAAGACGAACGUCGCUCUUCGGUUUGAGGACGGCACUCUCCCCUUCCUCGCCAUUAUCGCCUCUCUGUACGGAUUUAGAGCUCUGGAGGCAAUCGGCAUGGAAAAGAUUCACCACCACGUGGCAGCGCUCACGCGUCACUUGUUUGAAAGGUUGCAGAUGCUUCGCCAUUCGAAUGGAGCACAUGCAGUGCUGCUGUACUGGAAUGAGGCAAGCCCGCCGACAGGAGGAAUCGUUAGCUUCAAUUUGCUCCGCCCAGAUGGCAGCUUCAUCCCUUUCCCUCAGGUUGAAGCGGACGCGUCAGCUGCCUUGAUUCACCUCCGAACCGGAUGCUUCUGCAACCCCGGCGGCUGCCAGGAUUUCCUGGGCUUGUCUGCCGAGGACAUUAUUCGCAAUAGCCAGAAGCGACAGAGCUGUUCGGACCCUUCGGGCUCGACUCUUUCUGUGAUCUCUGGAACUCCUGGCCUCAUGACAGGUUGGGGUGGGGGGAGUUUGGGAGGCGGAUUGUAUCGAAAGCCUGCGGGCUCCGUCCGUGUGUCCAUGGGCUACUUGUCUACCUUCAGCGACGUGGAUGCCCUCGUGUCGUUUAUCAGCGAAACAUACGUGUGGUGAAGACAGAGUUAAGCGCGUGUGAAGAGUUUUACAGUGAAAAAACAUGGUCUUUUUUUGCGAGAAUCAGAUGCAGGCCAGUCUGGCAAUCGGAGGUGCGGCGUUGACAGUCUGUGGCCGUCUAAUUGCCUUUCUAGACCAGUGCGUGCGGAGUGGACGCUGUGCGCCGGGGUCCGUUGCAGCGGUGCCGAUUUGGUCUGCUCUUACGGAAAUGAGUGUUCAUCGGUGUUAUUGUUCGCCCGUCCUCGGGAUUUUUUUGGUUUGCACCAUGUCCUGGGCAGCAGGGCCGCACAAGUGUGCAGACUUGCACGGCGGUUUUUUUCACGGCGCAGGCGCUGAAUCAGCACGCCCGACUGCCAAGGGGAAAUCGUCCAGAGUUGGUUGCAGGAAAAAACACGGCCGUUCGGGUCUACUCGUCCGGCUGAAGCAAAGAAAUGCACUGCUGGUGCUGGAGCCAGAGGAUCAUAUCACCGGGAGAAACCCAUUUUAAACAUGUUGCUCUCCGGUGCACUGUGGAAGAACACGUUUCGUUGUGGUAGAGGCGAGCGGCUAUUGCUGCGGUGCCCCCAUUUUGUCAGUUUAUGUCAGACACAGACAGUUCCGCAGUUCUGUUCCUGUGCGGGGCUGCGCUGUCUGUAGCAAGCACGGGAAUUCCUGGGUCUGCGGAUAAGACGAAGCUGCAUGGAGAAUCCGUUUUCAAUGCAGUUUGCUGCCACGAAGCCGACACACGUUUGAACUUGAUCAGUCAAGUUCUUGUGAGUCGGGGUGCCUACAGGUGAACUGGCAAAGGGUGAACCUCCUUUUUACCCGACGGCAGGGCCGGGCAAGUGCGUAGCCUCUGACCCCUUGCAACGAUAGGCAAGAUGGCAGGACUGACGUUCCUGUCGGUCAAAGCUCCCUGUCUGUCUUUUGAAAGAACACAUCAGAAAUAAGCUGCACCGGAUAGUGCUGACCA